UCAUGUUUGAUUUAGGGAUAAAUUGUGCUUUCUCAAAUCUCUAUGGGACCAAUGGACACAUCAAACUGGACUUGAUGUAAUUUCUGUUGUGUUUUAAAGACUUUUUGUAAAGAACUAUUUUAUUGUAUAUAUAUUUUUAUAUUGAUAAUAUAUACAUAUAUUUAUAUCCCUAUGGGAAUUUUUAUGCAACCUGUUUUGGCAAGGUCUGUAUUUAUGUAGUAUUUUAACCUCGUUUGACUUGUUUGUCGAACAAAUGUGGCUUAAUUUUUUUUUUUAAACUUGAAAUCUUGGUCAGUAACCAAGACUAAUAGCACAAUAUAUUCAUGUAUAAAAUCUCAGUCUGGUGUUUAAAAUGACAAUCUGGGAUACUUUUCUACAGGUGACUUAAUACACAGGCCUAAGCUAUCAUGUGUUGCAAACCAUCAUUAACAAUAUGUAAAUGACAUUUCUAUGGUGUGACUAAGUUACAGUAGGUUACUUUUACAAAACUGUAACAGUUUUAUGUACUAUUUAAGUUAUGCAUCUGUAGGUACACUCGCCGUUGGCCAGAGAGUGUGUAUAUGGAGCUUUAUUUGUAUGAGUGUAAUGGGGUGUGACAUUUUGAAAAGUAAGAUUCUCAGGAUGGACGUGUCGUCCAGUUGAAAAAUCAUCUGUUCAAUCACAGCACAAUGAAAUAAUAAAAGAGGUACUGAUAUUUUAAUGGCUGAGAAUAUGAGAAUAUGUUCUUAUUCCUAACUCAUUUUGGGUGAACUAAAAAAGAACACAAGCUCAAUAUUUUUUUCUCUGUUCCUGAAUGGAUAAAUAGUUUUUGGUUAAUCGUGUAUGUUGACAGAGGAUAAAACCUUCCAAUUAAAAAUAUGGAAAACAAAUUUUGAGGCUGUAAAUUAGUGCAGUGUCAUGUUAUAAUGUGGAUGCAGCUUCAGCACUCAAGUGACAUGAUGCUGCCUCGUGCAACUACUCAACAUUUUCUUUUGUUCCUUAAAUUAGACUUCUGAAGUGUUUUGACAAUCAAUGCUGUAGAUAAAUGGGCCAGGAUUUUGCUUUGAAAAACAAACUGCAUUGAGCUUCAUCUGGCAUCCAUAGGGAUUAUGUCUGACUCAGUUUUAAUUACGGUUUAUUCAUUACUUUAUAGGCCAAGGCCCUCAAUUCAGAAAAAUAAUUAUUUGUCUCCAAUUAGAGAUGAUUAGUCAUCUUUAAAAACCAAAUAUAAAGAAGCAAGGAUUGAACAAUGAUACCAUAUACCAGUCUGGUCUUCUAAUCACUGUAUUUGCCUUUUAUUACAUGAUAUUUCCCUGUGAGGUUGAUAUAAAUUAUAAACUAAUAUUAACAUAAUUUAAAGUCCCCCUGUAGUCAAUAAUUGUAUCCCUUAAAACUCAUCUUUGAUCACCAAAAUGAAAUAUUUACACUUUUUUCCUGUGAAAAAAAAAAAAAAAAAAAAAAUCAUGCCUUAAAAUAGCUUGAAUGUAACUCUACACCCUUGCUUCAUUUAAUAUACAUGGAUCUAUAAAUACGCUAAUUAGCCCCGCCUCCACUCACUCGCACAAGCUCAGAGAUCCAUUCGGUCAACUUACUGAGGUAAACGCUGCACAAUGGUAUCGCUUUUUACAAAGUCGGACACAUGACUGUAAUUAAUAUGAUUAGCCUUUUGCUUGACUACGUUAUCAAGCAGCUGCCAAUAAUGUGUUGCUAAUGUUACACAAACCAUGUUCCCGUUCGUGAGUCAGACAACAGCCUUCUAAAUAUCAAUCUCCUUAUAAACGCUUUGAACACCUCAGAACAUCAGUGGAGAAAGGCAUAACAUCGUUAUAUACAUCAUACACGGCUAUAUUGCUAAAUCUACUAUUUGUUUUUGUUUUUUAUAUCAACAGAAAAAUUAUACCGCGAUGGCUUUGUGGUACUCUCCUGCUUCAGAGCGCUCAUGGUUAAUGAUAUGCUAAAGUCCGCCGGCACAUCGAUGUGAUUGGUUACAGGGUAGCUUGUGACGUCACAGACACCAACGGUCUUUUUUCACUGCAGUUUUAAAUAGAAAAUACUCAGCAAUGGUGUUGACAAAUGAAUUUGCACAUGGUUUGUCUUAAAGCAUAUUAAAACACCACAUAGACAUAUAAACAACAUUAAAAACUUGAUUUUCACCACAGGGGGACUUUAACAUUUUGACUGAUUUAAGUUAAUUGGGUUUGAGAAGUGAUGAGCUCUGUGAGUCUUAAAUAUCAAUAAUACCCAAGGAAAUUCAAACAAAAAUAGCCUAUUACUUCCUUUAAAAUUAUCUCAAAGGCUAUUAACAAAGCUAGAUAUAGCUUGUUCCAUAUUGGAGCCUCGUACUGUACAAGAGGAUAAUAAAUAGCCUAAAAAAAAAAAAUGUAUUUAAAAAAUACUUGACACACGCCUCUUAAAUAGCAGGUUAUUUGAUGCACUUUAGAUUGCAACAUUGUGAUACAGCGCCACCUGUUGGACACAUACUGCCUUUAAUUUUUGUGUACCUGCCAGGUGUAAAAACAUUAUCUAUCUAUCUAGUGCUUAGUCAAUUAGGAUCCGUCAGCAAUCAAAGGAGUUCAGCUCGCGCUCGGAUGUGCGUUACGUCCAACUUAUGUGUUUUUUACCCAGAUAAAUAAAUCACGGGGGCAUAUUCAAAAUAUAGCUUAGUGAAAGCUUCCUGAGAAAACAGCGCAGGAAGUGUUUUGCAAGAUUGACAUGGCUCCGCGGUGACAACUGGCCUGUUUUUACACCUUCCUUCUAAAUAAGGAAGCGGCCCGUCGGGCAUAUGACCACCGGUCCAAUUUGGGAGCUGCCAACGAAGCCCAUCACGCCCCAUGUUCUCCCGCGAGCUCUCGCGCUCACUGUCCCCGGGGCCGCUCGCGUGGAUUGACAGCGAUUGGGUUUUGGCGUUCAAAGACUGACCCCCGGCGGCGGUGAGGUCAGCGUGAUGUCAUCCUGAAGGUGAGUGAUGUCAUCCCGAAGAUCUCCCAGGCAAGGUGAGCUUGCAUUUUGGUGAGUGUGUGGUGCUCCCCAUCCAGAGAGGUGAAACAUGGUAAUCAUCAUCGCCACCACCGCCACCAGCUCAAGCUCUGCCGCCCUGCUCUUCUCAUCUACCGAGGGGCUUAUUGCGUUACACGCCCGCAGCCCCGACCUGCCUUCCAAAAAUAAGCCCCUGCCACCAUGCCGAAAGAAGAAAAACAAGAGUGGUAUUUUUAGGGGCAUUAAUUUUGACCACGUGCCCCGAGGGUAAACCGGAUGGCCACUGCGCAAAGGUUCCUCAUCAGUAUGUGCGAGAGCAGCGGACGCUGGACGUGGACUGCGGUUGUUCUGCUGGGCUUUCUGCUUGGGAUCGUGUCCUCCUACCCCACCUCGAACAGGAGUAAUGCAACUUCACUGGAGAAAAGGUGGGAGACGCUCUUCUCCCGCUCCGUUUUGGGGAUCUCGGUGGAGAAAUCGGACCUGAACUGGGAGAGUGACUAUUUGCUGGGCAUUAAGAGAGUGCGGAGGCUGUACUGCAACGUGGGCAUCGGGUUUCACCUGCAGGUCCUGCCAGGCGGAAAGAUAAACGGUGUCCAUAAUGAGAACCAGUACAGUCUAAUUGAAAUCUCAGCGGUAGAGAGAGGAGUGGUUAGUCUAUACGGCGUGAAAAGCGAGAUGUUUGUCGCGAUGAGCAACCGCGGAAGGUUAUAUGGAACGAGGGCCUUCCAUGACGAGUGCAAGUUCAAGGAGACACUGCUGCCCAACAAUUACAACGCAUACGAGUCUUCCAUUUACAAGGGAUUUUAUAUUGCCCUCAGCAAACAUGGCCGCUUGAAGCGAGGCUACAAGGCUUCCCCAGCAAUGACUGUCACACAUUUCCUCCCACGUUUAUGAGCAAAACUGGCAAUAACACAAUAAUUUGCACAUGUUGGAUGUUCUCGUAGGUAACCCAAACAUGCUGAGAGGUGAACUGCAAAGAACUAAAAUAACACUUACGGUAUUUAUUCUCGUUGAAAUAAUAAUAAUAAGCCUAAUAUAUGUAUAUUUCGGUAGCUUACUUUGUGUCUGAACUAUGUGUACAUGCCAUUCUUUGCUGCUUAUGAUUUCUAUUAUGAAUAUAUGAGAGUCGAGGAGCUUUUUUUGCCCUCUCACUUUUUAUGGGUGCUUGCCAUAACUGGUGUAAACCAUACCUGGCAUUGGACUAACAUCCUCAGCUUUUAGAAGUGAAAUGCAUACUUUUUAUUACCUCAAAGAGCCACGUUCGCAUUGGAAAAAAUAUGUAGGGAAAAAUAAAUAUCAGUUUACUCUGAUCUUCAUCUGUUCCGCCAUUUUACGAGGGAGAUGAAAGCACUUAUUUUUCUGUAGUUACUCCUUUUUCAUGAUUAGGUGGUGCCUUAGCCUCUGCUAUUUUGCCUCCUUUUGUGCAUGCAAGAAAGAGGUUUUUGUUCCAUAUUUAGAUCAAUAACUAAAUAACUGACGUUAAAAUCCGAUUGCAUGCAUCCUUAUUGGGGCUUAAACUCAGAGAGGGCCAUUUUACGCCUCAUGUAAAGUCAGAAUUUGACUGAAAGUCUUUGAACAGCUAGACCUGUAAGGUUUGGGUGCUUCCAAUAGUGAAAACUGAUCAAGCUAGUGAAAUGCAUAGAAUUGCAUUAAAGGUGCAGUAAGCAAUUUCUGAGAAAUGCUGUUGAUAUUUAAAAUCUCCAAAACAAACACACCCCUAUCCAAAAGGAACACACCCCUAUCUUGAUAUGCUCCUCCCCCAAAUUCACGAACACACUGGGCUACGUUCCACUCCAGUUUUUUUUUUUUUGGAUAUUUAAAACACAUAUAUAUAUACAUAUAGAAACAAUUUCGUAAGGGGAAAAAACUCCAUAGUGGACUCCAAGUGAUCAAGGGCUUAGGAUGUUCCAGUUCAGCCCAUUGCAAAGGUUCCGCCAGUAACUGGGCACUCAGGCAACGUAAGCAAUGACAUACAUCCGAGUCAACAAGACUAAUGGUGCUUUUCCACUGCAUGGGAUGGCUCGGUACGGAACGGUACGACUCGCUUAAAUAGUACCACCUCGGUUGAGGUUCCAAGUGUGUGCCGAACCGAUACUAAAUGUGACGACACUGCAGAUCACUGAUUGGUCAGAGAGAAUCGUCGCUACCAGUGUCAAUGGAUUUGAAACACUAGACACCAAACCCACUAGAUUUAAAUAGUAACAGCUAUCGCAGUAUCAUGUUCACGCAACUUUUUUUAAACACCCGUCGCACGAACUUGAAAAAAGAAAUGGCUGUAUCGUGGUCAGUAAGCGAGGUGCAGACUCAUUGGUAGCCGAAGAGCGGAUCCACGGCAGUAAAGGCAGCGCAACUAGAGCUGCACGAUUAAUCGUAAAAAGAUCGCGAUCUCGAUUCAAGGACCCACGCGAUCCUACUUUAUUAAUGACAACGAUUCUCCCGCGUCUAUUAAACCUUUGACAAAAUCAUACCGGAAUGUUCAAAUCUGUGUUCGUGCUGCCAGAGCCAGAGAGAGUUGUUUUGAACCACACAUUAGUUAUUUCUGUGUUACAAAUAUUCACAUUAUCACAGAAGUACUAAGAUAUAAGUUUUAAGUUAGUAUUUAAACACCGAUGUCUAUGAUAGGGAUCAAAAUAGAGCAAACUACCUUUUGAAACGAACUUGGCACGUCAAAUAACGGUUGCAUCAAUUACAUCUAAUUCCACUAGGUGGCGACAAGUGACUGUUAAAAAAUGUAUUUGUCAUUGAACCGUUCAUUCAAAAGAUUCGUUCAAAAACACUGAUUCAUCCAGCAAUGAAACAAGUAUUUAUUAAUGAGUCAUUGAAUUCAUUCAAAACCAUUUUCUAAAUAAUUAAUUCAAACAUUUUUCAGCAAUUAGAGUCAGCAAUUUAUAUUUUGUCAGAACCUCUAGUAAAUUACAUGUUAUUUUGUUUGGUUGUAUAUUCAGAAUCAUGGGAGAAUCGUGAUCUCUAUUUGAAACCAAAAAAUCGUGAUUCUCAUUUCAUGCAGCUCUAGGCGCAACUGUAACGAUCAGGGUAUAAUCCCACCCACUUUGAAGCGGUACUAAACUACAGUGGAAAAGCAAACCGAAAGUAAGCGAGCCGAGCUGAGACAAGUCGUUACACACAGUGGAAAAGCUCCAUAAGUGAAAUUUGCGAAGGAAGGGUAUAAAAAACCGAACUGGAACGCAGCCUAUGCACCACAGGCACCUCCCCCCUAAUGAAUGUAUACACCCCUUACUGCUGAUUGGCUACAAGUGUGUCUCCACUUUCAACAGCAUUUCUCAGAAAUCGCUUACUGCACCUUUAUUCUUGAAUUAUGUGGCACGAUUACAUGAUUGCUUAGUGAUAAGGAAACCUUUCAUUUUACUUAUCAGAUUAAAUAGAUUGUGCGAUUAAACUUCUUUUUUUUUUUUUUGUGGAUAUGUAUUGAUACUAGUCAGUGGUGUCUAUGUUUUACCUCUAGUUAGUGAUCUCCAGUGAGGGCUCAUACACCAACAUGUUGACUGCAUACUUGAACUCCACCUCAAAAAGUCUUUGGAAUGUAAAAACCAAUACAACCGUCUUAAUCUGUUCGCGAUAACAUGAUUUGCUCAUUACUUUAUGUUUGAAUACCAGACAUAGACCCAAACACCUGUGCACACUCUUAAAUUCCCAAGUCAGUCUAGACUUUGUCUAGAGAAUUUGGUCGCACUUGAAAUUGAAUUGAACUUCGGUAUUUAGGCAUUCCCCUUCCCUCACUUACAAUGUCACCCCACUUUUUUUAGCUCUAGAAUUAAAGGAAUAACAAACUCCAUUAAAUUCAAAUAAUGUUAAAUUAGUAUUAGAAUAUUCAGUUGAAAGGCUGAGGCUCUUAUUUUUCAAAGAGAAUCUGUUCAUUUUCCAUCUAGGUCACAGCUCAGACUGCAAUACUCUUUGCUACAAUACCCUUGUAUCUUUUGUGCAAAACAUGUCAUGUUAGAACACAUGCUGGGUUUCUAUCACAGCUGCAAUGUGCAGGAGAGAAUAAAAGGUUUGGUAAUCACUGCAGAACUGGUUAGUACACAUUAACCUUACUUUCUCUUGCAUUAAUGCUUCUACUUGACAUUUGAGACAUGUUAAUGCCACAAAGGAUAAAGAUGUUAUUUUUUAUAACAGUUAUGGCUGGUAUGUUUGAGCCAGGUACACUGAUAUUUACACAUAUUUGUACUAUAUGCUCAUGGAGUGUGUGUGUGAGACUUUUUCCUUAAAGGCGUAGUUCACCCAAAAAUGAUGAUUUUUCAUCCUUAUGUCAUUCCAAACCUGUGUGACAUUCUUUCUUCUGUGGAACAUGAAAGAAGAUACUUUGAAGAAUGUUUUUUGUUCAUACAAUGAAAGUCAAAGGGGUCCAAAACAGCAUUUGGACCCUUUUAACCUUCAAUGUAUAGACAAAAACAAACAAACAAAAAAAUGUUUUCAAAAUUAUGUUCCAAAAAAAAAGAGCCAGGUUUGGAACAACAUGAGGGUGAGUAGCUAAUGGCAGAAUCUACAUUUUCAUUUUGGGUGAACUAUCUAAGCAAAACUGAGACAAUAUGGGUAUGGUAAUUUUUUUGUGUUCUGGGUAUAAAGAGAGAUUUUCAGCUGUAUUAUGUUGAAAAUAUGAUCUGUCUAUUAGUAUUGCCAACUACAGAUCUACAGAUUCUUUGUACCCCAAAUAUAGCAUGUAAUGUGAUUGCUUUAAUGAAACUGUCAAAAUGACUGCUUUUUUAUGUAUGUGAUGACUGAUGUUAAUUUAUUGAUAUGUAUCUUCACUGUACCCUGUCCUCUGUCACAUCUCUGAUCUCUUUAUACUUAGGUGAAUAGAAUUUUGCAUGGUUUUUAAUGCAAAAUGUUGGAUGGAAAUGUUGUAUCUAGACGUUAGGCCCUCUAAACUAAGUGCUUAUACAGAAACCGCUAUUUCUCAUGCAAGUUCCACCAGUUUCUUUGUACUGUACUUUGUCUCCAGCUUUGAAAUGGCCCCAUUUGCAGCUUGCGAGAUGAUUGUAAGGGGUGGUGCAUGUGUGUGUGUCCUUGUACGUAUGCAGCCUUUGUGUUUCCUCAGUUUUGUAUUCCUGCACUGAGGGGCAGACGCCCCCUCCAAAUUCCCCUCCUAUUUUCUAACAUAUACCUCACCUUCUGCCUUAGUUCCAAUUUGUUGAAAUGAUUGUACGAUUUGUUGGAGACAACAAACUUUUUGCCAAUCAUUUUGUUCUCUGAAAGAAAAAAAAAAUGAAAAACUGAAAAAAAAAAAAGAGUAAGAAUUCUAAUAUAUUAAGAAAAUGUUUCCUUUUAUUUUUAUACGUAUGUGCUGUGCACAGCAGCCAACUGUAUUACUGAAAUGAAAAUAAAAGGUUGUUUUUUA